AUGCUCAAGAGCUCAAACCGCGGGAGUACUUCCAGCGCCAUCACGACGAAAAACACGGUGGCUCCGAGACCGCGCAUUGUUCCAACAGGACAGACACGAACCACUUCUGCGUCUCUACGUUCUGCCACGCUGACCACUUCCACGUCCGCGCGAUCCUCCCUCCUGGUCAACAACACCGAAUCCGAAAUGUCCACAUCGCUUCACGUGGCCAAGUCCACGGUCUCGACGAGGCAGAAGAGUUCACCUUGGUUCUGGCGUCGAAAGACCGUCUCGCGUCCGUUGCUCGUCCGAUCUGUGUCAACCAACAAAGACACCAGCGGCAGUUGGGCUUCCAGCGGCAACGCGGAUCGUCCGUCAUUGGACGAAGCCUACGAGUCCAAGACGUCCACACUCAGCUCCGCUGUGACCGUCGACGAGGUUCGAUCGAGUUGCGCGAACGCUAAUGUUGCCCGAAGUGCCUCGACACGCGAAGCUAAAGGCACGGGCGGGUUUUUGCGUUUCCUGCGAUCCAGUUUUGCAUCGCGUACGAAAAAAUCGCCAGAGGUCAGACCUGGAACUCCACCGUUGUCGAUGACUCACUCCGGCUUGGAAUGUCUCGCCAGCAAACAGGCCAGCAUCGCAAAAGUCUUCGCUGAUCCCAAUAAUCGCAUUUCAAGAAUUUCACAAUACACCAGUGAUGCAACUACCUUCAACAACACGGACAGUCUAGACUCACAGGACUCGCUGUCCAACAGUGACGACAAUCAACGAUUUCCAAGGACAACAAGACUCGACGCGGACAUUUUGUGCUUUCCAAACGAGGCGAUAAUAACGUCAAAGACGCCGGACAAGCCACCACCUCCAGCAGCCAAUAGGAAAGGAGGACGAAGUCAUUCGGCCAAUACGAGGCCUAUCCAUAACCACGUGGAACCGUCAUUUGGUAUCAUUGGUCGAGCAGUCAACGUCUAUUCAAAUGGGGUGGACUUGCGUACUUCUGGAGAACAGACAAGAAAUCCUGCCUAUGCAAGUGGCUACAUCAACGGACUACAACGACCCGCAUUUCCGUCGUCACAAAACCGGACUUUCUGUGACGGAUACAGCGUUGGCAGAUACGAAGGAUCCUCACAAAUGGGUUUUCGUAACGGAGCACCCACAAAUCCCCCAUCGACCAGUCCGAAAAGGUUUGAGGGUACCGCUUACCAAACCUACUAUUCCCAAUCUCACUUCAAUUACACCUUCUCAGAAGGCAAGAUCUACGAUCAGCCGCCACUGAGCGAACCAAUAGGAACGCCCCGAGCUGCAGUGAGGCUUCGCACGCACUCGAAUAGUCAUCAGAGAUUAAACAACGUUGCUGGCUCUCCACGACCACUUCCAGCCUGCCAGAUUCUCUACGAAGGUCCGCAGCACAAGAUGAUCUUCCCCGUGCCUGCAACGGCGCCAGCUGUUAGACGAUCCUUUGGCAGAAAUGGGAAUAGCAGUAAUUACGAAAGUGAGGACGCGAGUGUGGAAGAGGAAGAUGAUGAAGAAGAAGAAGGGGAGAGGGCUGGUGGAACGCUGUCUCGCCAGAAACCCACACCGCCUUCGUUCUGUUCUACUAAUCACUACUCGCGAGAGAGUCUUCAUCGCGUCGAUGCACACGAGAAGACCCCCGUUCCCAUGGCAACGGCCUCAGCGAUGCAAGUUUAUGUGGCUUCGCCGGUUCCCAAUUUGCCCCAACCAGCGCCCAAGUCGAAAGCACGUCUCGGUAGAAGACAGACCGUCGGUGCACCAAUUAAAUCGAUUCAGCCAAUCACAACGCCGAAUUCUACUCCCACCACACCUUUCGAGGGGUCUCUUCAGCGUAUUCGGUGGACAUGCCUCCAGCAAGCCCGAUUUGACGAGUUCAGCAUCCGUGAGCUCCGUCGACAGCAGUUGGGUGGGGUCACUGAGCAAAACGCCAUCCAAUCACGGACUUUUUCGCCUCCCAAUUUGGCGUCGAUCUUCGGCUGUCUUCGGCCGUCCUGCCUGAAACGCGUCGCAAGACCUGACCUAGAGAAUGAACGCCAUCGCGACACGUCGCUCCGGAUCACCAUCCACGAGUCAAAAAACCUUCCCUCGCAUCAACGAUAUUUCUGUGAUAUUUGUUUGGACCGGAAGCUGUACGCACGAACAACUAGCAAACUCUCCAAGGAGACCGUGUUCUGGGGCGAAUUUUUUGAUUUAAACAACCUCGCGGAGCUCAAUUUCAUCACGAUUAACUUGUACCGCGAGGCGGAUUCCACCAAAGAACCCUCCAAACGCAGAAAGUCGAACAAAGGCCAAAACCAACUCGUCGCCUUCCUAACAUUGGCUGUGGCCGAUCUCACAGCUAAACACGAAACUCAACGAUGGCAUGCAAUGACACCGGCAUCGAUGCUACCAUCGAACGAGUCCCUAUCGACGGCCCCUCUGGCCCAAAUACCCUCCAGUCGACAAUCAGCAGGGUUCUUCAGCCUUACAGACGCCGUCUCCACCCUAAGCAGCCCAGAUUCGAGUGCCAACAUGGCGGUGACGUCGACGGCGGCGAAACGAUCGAUAUCGGUUGCUGGUUCGACCCCGUUCGCUCGAAUGCGCAAACUCUCGCGACAGACCCUCGGGGGUAGCGACACCAAGAUGAAUGGCUCGUCUUUCGGCAGCGCGUCAGCGGGCAACAUGGACUGUCUGCCGCAGAUUCGCCUGGCAGUGCAGUAUCAAUCGAUCGACGUGUUACCCCUGGGCUACUACGACGACCUGAGGAAGCUCGUAGUGGACAAAUCUCUCCCGUUUGUGCAACAUCUGGAGCCAUUGCUGCAAACGAAGAGGAAGGAGGAAAUUGCUCGAUGUCUCGUUAACAUCCACGAGAAGGCUCCAGAAAGCAAUAUUGCCACCUUCCUGGCCUCCUUAGUCGAUCGGGAGUUGGAUUCUUACGACAAUCUCUCACUUCUUUUCCGUUCAAAUUCGAUUGGAUCGAAGGCAGUGGAGAGUUACAUCAAACUUGUCGGAACGGAGUACCUUCAAAGGCUCUUCCGAGGUUUCAUCGAAAGUCUGAUUGCCUCGCCAGAAGACCUUGAGGUGGAUCCGUCCCGUCUGGCCCACCAGACGACGACGACGACCUCCCUGUCCACCUCCGAUGGAAGCUCUUCCAGCGCCAGCGGAGACGUUGAUUCCACCCUUCAACGCAACCAGACGGCGCUGACUAACUUGGUGAAAGCAGUCUGGCAGCGACUGCAGGCCAGUCUCGAAUACUUCCCAGCCGACCUACGCGAGACACUGGCGUCGAUUCGUCGAACAGUGGAACUGCGUCACGGCAAAGAAGUCGGCGAUCAGCUGGUGUCUGGUUGUCUGUUUCUGCGCUACCUCUGUCCCGCGAUCCACGGUCCGACCCUCUUCGGUCUAACCAAUGCCAUUCCCGACGACCCACGGGUGUCGCGGAACCUCACCCUCCUCGCCAAGGUGCUCCAGACCAUCGCCAACUUCUCGCAUUUCGAAGCUAAGGAGAAUUACAUGCGUUUUCUCAACGGCUUUGUGCAAUCAAUGCAGGAGGAGAUGCACCACUUCCUGCGCGCUGUCUCCACCUACGAUGACGGUCCUGGCGCCGAAUCCGACAUCUGGAAGAAGCGGAAGGCCAACACCUACAACUGCCACGGUAACAUCGACCUCGGCUAUGAACUCACCAUCCUCUAUCGCCACCUCGUGUCCAUUCUUGAGGAACACCCAAAGGUUCCAGAAGUUCUAAGCGAGUUGCCAGAGAUUUUGACUUCGAUUAGUCUCAUGUUUUCAACACCGCCGCUGCGCAGAAGCAUAUCCGGUCUGGGCGGAUCGAUGAGACUCUCGACGACACCGUCUCUGGACGACUCGGCAGCAGCGCGUAGAGCUGCUGCCUUCCGUUUCCACAGUUCCACCACCCCACCGGUUAUCGACGGCCUUCAGCCGAUCCCCGCUGAACAGUCUUCAACUCCUGUCUCUUUCUACACCCCUGGAAAUGAUUUUACACCAAAAUGCACGUCUUCCGAAGGCCUGAGAGGCAGCAGCUUCGAGAAUAGCCCGGUGUUGUCGGAAUGUCAGCCGCGACAGCAGGUCUUCUUUGGGGAGAACUUCGAGUCCAACGGUGAUCCAUCACGCGGUGACCUUGAAUCCAUCUCUGAAACCGAGGGACAAUCGACAAAGCUUGUGCCCACAACUCCUCCCCCACCUGCCUCUCAGCCCAUUCGACCACCCCAAGGAGUGAGAAGCGAAAUUUUCACACCCCUGCAAAGAUCCUCCUCACGUGGAGCUCUCCUCUCAGCCCCCAGAAUAUCCACUCUCAGGGGUUCCACUACGCUGCCCUCACAGAAGACCUCAACUGGUACAGAACCCGUCGUGCUCAAUUUCCCACCGCCACCAGCUUCCAUACCGACAUCGUCUCUCGUGCCGAAAGAUGCCGGCCUUGGAGGUAGUCCAACAAACAUUCGGAUGGGAACUAGGGCUCUUCGAAUGUCCAGGGAGCGAGAUCUAACAGGAAAUCUUGAGACUGAUGAAAAACGCGGAAGCAUUCAAAUAUCCACGGUUCCAGUGAUCCUCCAGUGCGACAAGUCCACGGCUGCCGCAGGCCGGAUGGCAGGCAGUGUGCAGUCGGUCGAAUCGACAAGCAGUUCAUCCUCGCUCUCCCUCAUCCCCGCUUCUGGCCCCUCCACCACCAACACAGCCAAUCAGAGCGCGAUGCUGCUAGCCGAGAAUCCGCACUACUUCGAGGCCCCACGCAACGAGGCGCCAGCAGACCAGCCGACCUUCAUGUCCACGCCGGCCUCAGUUCAGCGGCGGUACCGCGGCGACAGCGCCAGCAACAACCCCGCUCUCCUCAACAAGGUUCACAGCCUCCUGUUUGGCGAGGGUCAGAAUGAGUAUCAAAAUGUGCAGGGCAUGACAAGGAUCUACCCGGAGCACCAGUCAUUGGAAUCAAGCAAUCUGGAGGCGCUGGAACGAAGGCAAUGUCUGGAGUUCGAGGCUUUUAAACUUCGGGCGAUGGAAGACCACUUGAGCAAGGAGCGGAAGGACAUCCAGAGCGUGGUCGCCUCGAAUAUGCGGAUAAUCGACAGUCAAGAACGCUGCAUCAACGACCUGAUUGAGGAGAUCAACCGACUGCAAGCCCUACGCCACAAUCCCGACGCGUCAUCCUCCAAACGUGCAACGUCGACGACCACGACGACGCCGCCGCACCUCAUCGACAUGACCUCCUCCCUUGGACGAAGUGUUCCAAGUCCCCAACGACAGCCUCCUUCACAUCGAUUUUGA